AUGGCCUCCAGGAAUCCCAUCCGGAGAAAGCUCGUCAUUGUCGGUGAUGGCGCAUGCGGCAAGACCUCGCUGCUCUGCUCGUUCGCGCUCGGAGAGUUCCCCAAGGAAUACCAACCCACCAUCUUUGAAAACUACGUCGCCGAGAUCCGCCUCGACGGCAAGCCCGUGCAGCUCGCGCUCUGGGACACUGCUGGCCAGGAAGAGUACGAGCGGCUGCGGCCCAUGUCCUACUCCAAAUCCCACGUCAUCCUCAUCGCCUUCGCCAUCGACACUCCCGACUCGCUCGACAACGUCUCCGUCAAGUGGAUAGAAGAAGUCCGCUCCAUCUGCGGGCCAUCCAUCCCCGUCAUCCUCGUCGGCUGCAAAUCCGACCUGCGGCCCCCAGAAAACUCCCCGCAAGCCUCCUCCCCCGCCUUCGUCUCGCGCGGCGACGCCGAGCGCGUCGCGCAGGAAAUCGGCGCGCGCGCGUACAAGGAGUGCAGCGCGCUGCGCAUCGAGGGCGUCGACGACGUCUUCGAGGCCGCGACGCGCGCGAGCAUGCUCAUGCGCGAGGGCGUCCCCGCCCACGUGCCCCCCGCGCACCACGAGCGCGGCCGCCGCGAGCGCGACUGGGACGCCGCGCGCUGCUGCGUCGUGUGCUAG